AUGGAUGAAAAAACAAUUGAUUCAAUAUUUUCAGGCUCACUGAAAAGUUUGCCUCCUGUAAGUUCAAAAAUUGUUCGAAUAUUUACGAGUUCAACAUUUACAGAUACAACUAUGGAAAGAAACACACUGAUGGCACAAUGUUAUCCAAAAAUAAAAGAUUAUUGUCGAGAAAAACAUGGACUAGAAUUUCAAGUUGUUGAUAUGAGAUGGGGUGUUCGUGAUGAAGCAACUGAUGAUCACAUGACGACAGAACUUUGUAUGAGAGAAAUUGAAAAUUGUCAAAGACUGUCAAUGGGUCCAAACUUUGUUGUUUUCUUGGGACAAAAAUAUGGUUAUCGUCCAAUUCCUACAUAUGUUUUGAGCUCUGAAUUAGAAAUGCUCAGAGCUGAUUUGGAUUCACAAGGAAUUGAUGUUGAGGUAUUAGAUACAUGGUACAAAAAAGACAGUAAUGCAGUACCACCAACAAGUAUACUUCAACCAAUUUCAUCAAUAUUAAAAAAUUUUAAUAAUAAAAGAAUUCCAAAACUUCAACAAGAAGAUCAAGCUGUAUGGUGGGAUACAAUGUUAAAAAUGCAAAAAUUAUUUCGUAAAGGUGCACAAUCAUUAUUUACAUCUGGUAAAUUUGAUAAAGAAACAAUGCAUAAUUAUUUUAUGUCUGUUACUGAACGUGAAGUUAUUAAUGGUGUUCUUAAAGUUAAAAAUACUAAAAAUCAUUGUUUAGCAUAUGUUAGAUAUAUUAAUAAUAUUAAUUUACAAAAUUUAAGAAAAGCUGGAUUAUUUCUUGAUAUAACAAAUCGUAGUUUAGAUAAUGAAGCAUCAAAAUUAUUAGCAAAUUUACGUGAUGAAAGAUUACCAGAUAAAAUUGAAGAUGCAAAUUUACAAAGAUAUACUGUUGAAUGGAUCGGAAGAGAAGGAUUAGAUACAGAAACUCAUAGUGAAUAUUUACAACAUUUUAUAACUCAUUUUUAUAGAAAUAUUGUUAAAUUAGUUGAUAGAGCUAUGAGAAAAGAGGAUAGUUCAGCACAAGGACAAAUUAUAACUGAAAUAUUACAACAUUUACAUGCAUGUAAUAAUUCAGUUAAAGUAUUUUAUGGAAGAGAAGAUUCAUUAGAAAAAAUACGUAUUCAUAUGUUGGGAAAUUGUGAAAAACCACUUGUUCUUUAUGGUGAGGGUGGAUGUGGAAAAACUUCAUUACUUGCUAAAAGUGCUGAAUUAAGUAAUAGUAUUUGGUUAAUUGGUAAAAAACCAAUAUCAAUAGUUAGAUAUCUUGGAACAACACCAGACAGUAGUGCUUUAACACCAACACUUGUAUCAAUAUGUCAACAAAUAUCAUAUAAUUUUAUGUUACCAUUUGAUGAAAUACCAGAUGAUCUUGUUCCAUUAACAGCACAUUUUAAAUAUUUAUUAACACUUGCAACUGAUAAACAACCAAUUUUAUUAUUUCUUGAUAGUGUUGAUCAAUUAACUGGUGUACAAGGUAAUAAACUAUCAUGGCUACCAACAAGAUUACCACAAUAUUGUAAAAUGAUAUUAUCAUGUGCUGCAGAAGAAUCAAAUCCAUUUAUAUCACGUGAUUAUCAUUUAUUAAGAAGAAUGAUUGAUACUGAGGAUAAUUUUAUUGAGGUAACAUCACUUGGUGAAGAACUUGCUAUUGAUAUUAUUAAAAUGUGGAUGAAAACAGCACACAGAGAUUUAAAUAAUUAUCAAUGGCGACUUGUUGCAAAUGCAAUAUCAAAAUGUUCAUUGCCAAUAUUUGUUAAACUUGUAUUUGCUGAAAUAUGCAGAUGGAGAAGUUAUACUAAACCAGCUGAAACACAUUUAGCAAGUACUGUUAUGGAUAGUAUUAUGAUGUUAUUUGAAAGAAUUGAAAAACAACAUGGUAAAAUUCUUGUUUUUCAUGCAUUAGCAUAUAUAACUGCAGCAAAAUCAGGAUUAUCAGAAUCUGAAUUAGAAGAUUUAAUAUCAUUGGAUGAUAAAGUUUUAGAUGAUGUUUAUCAAUAUCAUUUACCACCAGUAAGACGUAUACCACCAUUAUUAUGGACAAGAAUACGUAAUGAUUUACCAAAUUAUUUAAGUGAAAGAGAAGCUGAUGGUGUUAGUGUAUUAAAUUGGUAUCAUCGUCAAUUUCGUGAUACAGCUAAAGAACGUUAUUUUAAAAAUAUGAAUAUGGCAAUGUAUUUUCAUUCAAUGAUUGCUGAUUAUUUUUUAGGUAUAUGGGGAGGUGGUAGAGCAAAACCAUUUAAAUAUACAGAAAUUCAAAGACACAGAUUUAAUUUAACAGAUAAAGAAGGUGUUGCUGAUCGUAAAGUACCAGAACAACCACUUGCUUUUUAUUCAAAAGAAGGUAAAUUAUCACGUUAUAAUUUACGAAAAUUUGGUGAAUUACCAUAUCAUUUUAUAAGAGCAAGAAGAUUUCAAGAUCUUUUUCAAAAUGUAUUAUUUAAUUAUAAAUGGUUACAUGCUAAAUUAAGUUCUUGUCCAUUACAAGCUGUUUUAUCUGAUUAUGAAGAUGCUUGUAUAAAUAUUGAAGAUCAAAAUUUAGUAAGAGAAUUAAUGAUGGUUGCUGAUGCACUUAGACUUGGUGGUGCAAUAUUAGGUAAUCAUCCAAAUAUGUUAGCACCACAAUUAGUUGGUAGAUUAUUACCAGAAAUUGGUGGUAAUGUUAAUGUAAGAAUGUUACUUCGUGCAUGUGAUGAAGAUGGAACAAAUGAUUGUGCAUUAAUACCAGUUUAUCAUUGUCUUCAUACACCUGGUGGUCCACUUAAAUAUUCACUUGAAGGUCAUCAAUUUGCUGUAUUUGGUUUUGUUAUAACAUCAGAUUAUCGUUAUGUUGUAUCAAUAUCAAAUAGAUUUAUAACAUGGGAUUUAAGUACAAGUGACAUGACAAGAGAUGUAAAUCCAAAAAUUGAAGGAAUAAUGCAACAACUUGUAUUAAGUCCUGAUAAUCGUUAUGCAGCAGCAUAUACAACAAAUAAUCAAAUUAUUAUUUUGAAUACAUUAACAAGUGAAUUUGUAACAAUUGAUAAUCCUUUGACUGAAGAAAUUCCAGUAUGUGGUGUUUAUAUGAUGAAUCAAUUUACAAUUGUUUAUGGUAAUAAUUGUUGGUGUAGACUUGACAUAAGAGGAAAUUUAAUAUCAAGACAUAGUUCACCAGUUGAUCCAAAAUUUUGGAAUAUAUUACAAGUUGAAUAUAUAACACUUGAUGAUUAUCAUGUUAUAUAUUGGUCAGGUAAUUUGGAAGAAUCAUCAAUGCAAUUUCAUACUAUUAGAGAAUCAAAUAUACAAUUUGAAUCAUUGUCAUUUCAUAGUUCAAUAGUAUUAGAUAAUGAAAAAAAAACAUUAUAUGCUUGUACAACAAAAGGUGAUUAUCGUGUUACAAAAUAUACUUUAUCUAGUGAUUUAUUAAUGUGGAAAAAAAAAUAUGAUAUGCCACGUACUUCAAAUGAUGAAAAUGAAUAUUUAUUACAACUUAAAAUUGAUAGAAAUGAAGAAACAUUAUUAGCAACAACAGCAAAUGGUUUUAUUGUUUGGUUUUUUGAAGGAAUAAUUGAACCAUUUAAUUUAACUUUACCAAAUGGAGUUAGAAAUAUUAGCACAAAAAUGCUUAAAUCAAAUUCAAUAAUGGUAUCAGCUAAAAAAAAUUAUGCUGUUGCUGGUGUUAGAAAAAGUUUAUACAUUUGGAGUUUAGAUACAUGUGAUUUAGUUAAAAUUCUUGAUGCUCAUUUUGCUAGAAUUAUACAAUUAGAAGCAUUGACAAUUGGUAAUUGGAAUAGUGUUAUUACAUCAAGUAUAGAUAGAAGUGUUAAAGUAUGGAAUAUUGAUAAUAUAUUUGAACAAGUACAUGUUAUUGAUCGUCAUGAAUUACAAAUUGAUUCAAUAAGUCUUGCAGAACAUUGUAAUUUAGCAGUAACUGUAACAAGAGGUUGUGUUGGAGUAUGGGAUUUACAAUCUGGUAAAUUAGUAUCAAAGCUAGCUGAUAGUCCACUUGGUGCAAUUGUAACACAUGCAGCAAUAACAAAUGAUGGUAAAUUUAUUAUUUCAAUUGAAUCUGGCAAUGUAAUAAUAUGGAAUAGAAUUUCUGAACAAGUAUUAUUUAAAGAAAAACAACAGGGUGUACAACAGUUGUCUUUAUUUCAAGGAUCAAUGAAAUUUAUUUCAGUAUCAAGACCAAAUAAUCCAGUUGGUGUUGAAUGUAUUAAAACAAAUGCAACACUUGUAAUGAGAAAUAUUCCAGAUGGUAAAAAUAUAUUUAAUUUUGAAUAUCCAAUUCGUAGUCAUACUGGUUUACCAUUUAGAAAAGUUGUCAUGACAUCUGAUGAUAAUUAUUUGGCAAUUCCAUCAGCCGAAAAAUUAACAAGAGACUGUGUACUUAUUCAUAAUGCAAAAACUGGUAUAUUUAUUAGUAAAAUAUUAAUUAAAUUAACUGGUAUUAAAGAAAUUAUAAGUAUUGUACCAAUGCCAAAUAAAGCACAAUGGAUUGGUAUUAUUGGAGCUGAUAAAGGUAGUAUUGUUGAUAUUAAUAAAAAAAAAACAAUAAGAACAUUACCAAGAUGGAGUGGAUGUAUAAGUAAAGAUGGUAAAUAUACACUUUAUGCACCAAGUCGUGGAGGUUUAGAACUUAUUGAAUUAAAAAAAGGAACAACAGUUAAAACAUAUAUUCCAAAAGUUGCUGAAGGUGUAUUUACAGUUAUAUCAACUUUUAAUAAAACUGAUGAUUAUGUACUUUAUUAUCACAGUGGACGUAAAACAAUAAGAGUUUUUAGAUCAUCAGACUGUGAAAUGAUUGCAAAUUAUCGUGUACCAGCUGAACUCAGUGCAAUUGAUACGACAUAUGAUGGUAAAAGUAUUGUCAUGGGCACAGUUGAUGGAUGUGUUUCAGUAUUAACAAUUGCUGAUCCAGCAAAACCAGAGAUUCAAGAUUAUCUUAAAAAUUUACCCUCUAGAGAUGAAACCUGGAAACAUAAAAUGGAGAAACAAAAAGCAGCAAUAAAAUUUAGGGCUGCUGCAAGAUGUGCAAGAAUCACAUAUGAUUUGACUGAUACUGUCAAGUUUACUAAUUCUGGACUCAAAGAUGUUGAUCACAAUGAAGAUGAUGAAAUAAUUGAAAAUUAGAAGUCAUUCCUUAAUUACUUUGACAAUUUUUAAUUAAAUUAUUUUCAAUGUAAAAUUAGUCGAAUUAGUUGUUGUUAUUAAUAGAGAAUAUAAUCUGUUAUAUUAUUUCAAUGAUAAAUAAUAUUAAAUAAUUUAUUUACUGUAAAAUUUUACUUGGCAAUUGUUAAAAACAAAAUCAAACAAAUUUAAAUUCAGCACAUGUUUUUCUUUAAAUUAUAAAUGAAAUGAAAAAUAAUAUAUUCAAAUGAAAAAUACAGAGUUUAUAUUAUCUUUUAUUAUUACUUUUUUUCUUUCAUUAUUAAUUUAUAAUAAUUGUUGUUCAACAGUUUCAAUGACUUGUAUUUCACGUGAUUUAAUGUAGGCAAGAUCUAAGCCAAUAUGUUUUUCUCUUCACAAUUUAACAGGCUGUUUGUUUUUUUCUUUACUUUCACAUGCACAUGAUUGAUGUUAUUUAAAAAAAAACAAAAUCUCUUUUCAAUAAAAAUAAAAAAUAAAUAAAAAAAAAAAAAAUAAC